UAUGCAAACUAUGUGUCCUUCCAAAACAAAGCAUUUCAAGAUACCAUAACAAAUAAUCUUCUUAGCUCAUGACUAGGGUGAUAUAAAUAUAAAUGCAGUUCACUCAGCGUAUUCGAGUAGAGACGUCCUUUUCGUAGCUGUAAGCGGCAAGAGAAAUAAUACAAGAUACAAUACAAAGCUCUUUAGUAUCGCCUACCUGUAUCGCCUCUGAAUUUCUAAAGUAGGAACAGGGUUAUAAGUCUAAAAAUCACAUAUAUCACCGAUAUUCAUUGUAUUCAAGUGUCUGCUUCAUGUCACUUUAUAUUGAACAAGGGUAUACUAAGAGAAGAAGGGUGUAUAGAAAACACAGUGCUACCACACUGAAAACAGACAUUUGACCUAGUUUUAUCAGCAUGAGAGACAAAAUAUAUCCCUGUGUAAAAUUCAGAUUUUCAUUCACACAUUAUCCAGAGUUUAGAUUUCAUCCACAUUUUGUCUUCAUAUAUAAAUGUAAACUAAAUGUUAAAUUAGAUGAAUGCAUUUAGUGAGAAUAAGUGGCCACUAAAUGACUGACUGACAGCCACGCUGCUGUUCCGGCCUAAUCCUAAACCCGCCUCCCUCAUCCUAAUCUGAUUAGCUGCAGUGUCUGCCAGCGAGUCUGUGCACAUGUCCAUUUGUGUCUCUUUGUGCCUGCAACUGGGCAUUUGUGACACGCGAGACGAGCGGGAUUAGCAGAAGACACUGAAACGCAAACACAGUUUAGGUCUUUAGGUAGGCUUGGUAACGGAUGAGCAGAUCUGUAUCCACAAUGCCUGUGUUUUAUUCACCUGUCCAUGAGAACCUGCAGGUGGGCCUGGCCUACAUGGGAGGCUCAGUGUUCACCAACAACAGGACAGCAGAUAGUGACUUCACCAGGGAGCAGGAGGACACAUCUGGAGUGAAUGAGCCAGUCUCUCACCUUCCGCUGCAGAUGCUUCUGUACUUCAACAUGUUUUACUUCCCCUGUUGGUGGUUCUCUGCUGUGUUCAUGCUGGAAGUAAAGUUCUAUCAUCUGCCGGGAUAUUACCAGGCUCUGCUUAUAACUGGGAUGAUCCUCCUCACAGUGAUUGAAGUUGUCCGACUUUAUCUGGGCUACAUUGGCAACCUUAAGGAAAAGGUGCCAGAGCUCGCAGCCUUCUGGCUUCUGUCUUUCAUGUUCCAGCUGCCAGUGCUGCUCUUCUUCCUGACUGAUGAAGGAAUUAUCAUCCUGCCUCUGGAGAGGGCUCUCCACUCGCUGUACCUCCUCUUCCUCCUUGCUCAGAUCUUGGCUUCCUUCCUGGCACUCAGGACCAUGACCCGAAAGCUCACCCUCCUCUUCCAUCUGCGCGAGUUUGGCAAGGUGGAGAGUUUCCGCCACGCAGGAAUGAGCCCUGUCUACGGGUUGCCCUACCAUCGAAGUGUGCUGCCUGUGUCACCGACCCGUCAUACAUUUCACUAAAAACAAACA